UUAAAUGUCAUCAUGUUCACCUUGCCGCCACUUCCCCCCAAAGACUACGUUUUGCGCGAUGUGAACCAAAAUCAGCGGUCUGCUCAAGAAUUCACCCCAGUUGCUUUGCCUCGAAUCACACAGAGCAACUUGGGCAAGUUUUGUGCCCCCAUUCAGUACCAGGAGAAUGAAAAGUUGGCGAAUUUGAAUAUCGACUAUUCGGUGAAUCCCCAAGUGUUGGAACGGUGGACUGACAAUGCGAGGGCGUUCUGGGUGGACAAACCGGGGAAAAACGACUAUUUCUUGCACGACUUGUUCAAGAAGUAUAGUGUGCAAGUGGUGCCCAGUUAUGAUGUCAGAUUUAAACAUAACGAGCGCGUUUUUUACCGUUCAUUCAAAUACGAGCUAGAAUGUAUGGAAGAGCGUCGCUUGAGAAAGCUCGACGACAAAAUGGAGCGUGAAGAAAAGGAAGAAAAUGAGAAAAACAAAAUCAUUGAAGAAAAACAUAUCCGUAAUGCGAAUGUCAUGAUGGGUGUGAAGACGUGCAAAGAUAUUAAACCGUUUUGGUGGAAAGAUAAAAAUGAUAAAAAGGAUUUGAACCAAAAGAUAAAUCUUCGAAGACAAGGUGAAAGUUUUAAUGAUGAAAGUCCGACUUUGCGUUGGCAAGAAGAACCAAGUUUGACGGAAUAUUUAAAAACAGAUCCUUGCAAGAGGAGAUUUGAUAUGGCGCUAAUCGGUCAACCCUUCCGGAGCGAGGCUUGCAACUGGUACUACAGCCACUACCCGCCCCCCAACACCCGUUCCCCUAUGAAAUUUUCCAAAUAAAAAAAAUCACCUAGCACCCCGUUUUGUUAUUUCCCCUUUGACAUUUCCCUUCCAAAAUUCGCGCGUAAAAUGUCAAAAUUCUUGCAAAAUUAUUGGUAAAAAUGGAAAAGCUCG